AUGGACAUAUUUUGCAUAGAUUAUUUUAGGACAAAUCCGGAACCAUUUUUCAAGCUCGCCAAGCGUCUUUAUAAACCAGAAGCCAAGCCUACAUUGGCACAUUAUUUCGUCAAAUUAUUGCACAAAAAGAAUCUUUUAAAGCGCCACUACACUCAAAAUGUUGAUGACUUGGAAACACUAUGUGGCCUCCCGGAAGAAACGAUCGUUCAAGCCCAUGGAUCCUUUCAAACCGGCCAUUGCCUGAAGUGUCGCAAGAUAUAUGACUUUGAGUGGAUGAAGGGUAAAUUUCACGGCAUUCACAUAAUCUGCACAGAUCUAAUCAUGAAUGAUCAAAUACCGAGAUGUUCCGAACAAGACUGCCACGGUGUAGUCAAACCUGACGUUGUAUUUUUUGGCGAGGGAUUACCGCGUAAAUUCUUUUCUUGUAUUCAGCAGGAUCUCCGAUCGUGCGAUCUUCUAAUCAUCAUGGGCACAUCACUAACUGUUGCUCCGUUUUGUUCGAUUCCUCACUUAACCUCUCCUGAAACGUAUCGGGUUUACAUCAAUCGCGACGCUCCUGACGUGACUUUUCCACAAAUCUUGAAACAACAAUCUACGUCACCCAGGCGUAACGAUCCUGUUGGUAGCAACCAAUACGUUCGUCUCAAUAAAGAAAACUUGGAUCAGGACACAAAGGCGAUUAAUGUCACCGGCCCACUCGACAGCAGUUAUCACGCGGCGUUCCUGAGUGAUACUGGGACCGAAGUUAACUUGGUUCCUCACACAUCAAGGCAGAAGACGAUCCAGCUGUUUUCCCUCAACGUUUGUGUCACCAUUAGCACAUUCAUCACUGGUUAUCAACGCCCAUUGACUUGGGUUUCCGCAUGA